AUGGCGUUGUUCAAACGAGUCAUUUUGACCACGAUCAUUCUUUCCAUAUUGCUCUCCUCGCCAGCAAUUGCUCAUAAGACCAAGAGCCCUGCUGCUCCCGUGUACCAUGUUGACCUCGCUAAUUUCCUAGAUGUGGCUGGUCCAUUCCAGACCUUCCUGGGACCUGCAAGGCUGCAAAAGACCAGCGUCAUCCAAACCUUCCAGAACCAGGCGGACAACACCAAAGUUGGCAUCACCAUGUUUGUCCCCAGGGACUCGGCCUUCGCCGAACUGAAGAAGACCAGGCUCACCAAGGGCCAGAUCAAGUCAUUGCUCCUGUACCACGCAGUCCCCAAGUUCUACAGCCUGAAUGGGCUCAGCGAACUGGGCAGGCGCAAGCGCAACCCGGUGGCCACCUUUGCCGGCUUGCAGUACACGCUCAACUUCACCGAACACUUGGGCAGUAUCCGAGUGAAGUCGAUGCUGGGGUCCAACGCGAAGAUCACAAGCGCCAUGUACUCGAGUGCCCCGGUGUCCGUGUUCGAGUUUGACAAGGUUCUCCUGCCAUGGGAGAAGUGA